UUUCUCUUCCUCGUACGCAUUAAAGAUCUUUGUCUUCAUGUAUAUGUUUAUCAUUUACAAAGCAGAAGAAGAGGUUUGAACUGUUGGAAAUCCAAUCCAGAGGUUAAUAUGAGAGAAAUCAUAAGCAUUCAUAUUGGCCAAGCUGGUAUUCAGGUCGCCAAUUCAUGUUGGGAGCUCUAUUGUCUAGAACAUGGAAUCCAGCCUGAUGGUACCAUGCCCAGCAAUUCUGAGGGACUUGCACACGACGCAUUCAGUACAUUCUUUAGUGAUACGGGUGCAGGAAAACAUGUACCAAGGGCUAUAUUUGUUGAUCUAGAACCAACUGUGAUUGAUGAAGUUAGGACAGGGGCAUACCGACAACUUUUUCAUCCUGAACAACUGAUUUCUGGAAAAGAGGAUGCUGCUAACAAUUUUGCAAGAGGGCAUUAUACAGUUGGGAAGGAGAUUGUUGAUCUAUGUCUUGACAGGAUUAGAAAGCUGGCUGAUAAUUGUACUGGUUUACAAGGAUUUUUGGUUUUUAAUGCUGUUGGUGGUGGUACUGGCUCUGGUUUGGGGUCUUUGUUGUUGGAACGACUAUCUGUGGAUUAUGGAAAGAAAUCAAAACUCGGGUUUAGUAUCUUCCCUUCUCCUCAGGUAUCUACAGCAGUUGUGGAGCCAUACAACAGCGUUCUAUCAACACAUUCUCUUCUCGAACAUACAGAUGUUGCAGUGAUCCUUGAUAACGAAGCCAUAUACGACAUUUGCAGGAGGUCCUUAGCCAUUGAGAGGCCAAACUACAGGAAUCUAAACAGAUUAAUAUCUCAAACCAUAUCUUCACUCACCACAUCUUUAAGAUUCGAUGGAGCCAUUAACGUAGACAUCACAGAGUUUCAGACCAACCUCGUUCCUUAUCCCCGCAUCCAUUUUAUGCUCUCUUCAUACGCACCCGUGAUCUCAGCUGAAAAAGCACAUCACGAACAGUUAUCUGUUCCUGAAAUCACCAAUUCUGUUUUUGAACCAUCUAGUAUGAUGGCAAAAUGUGACCCAAGACAUGGAAAGUAUAUGGCUUGCUGUUUAAUGUAUAGGGGGGAUGUCGUGCCUAAAGAUGUAAAUGCUGCAGUUGCUUCAAUCAAGAGCAAACGGACUGCAAUCUUCGUGGACUGGUGUCCUACUGGAUUUAAGUGCGGCAUAAACUACCAAGCGCCUUCAGUUGUCCCGGGUGGGGAUUUGGGACAGGUAAAAAGAGCGGUGUGCAUGAUCAGCAAUAACACAGCAGUAGCUGAGGUUUUCUCGCGUAUCAACCAUAAAUUUGACUUGAUGUAUUCCAAGAGGGCGUUUGUUCAUUGGUACGUCGGUGAAGGUAUGGAGGAAGGUGAAUUUUCCGAGGCUCGUGAAGAUCUAGCCGCCCUCGAAAAGGAUUACGAGGAAGUUGGUGCUGAAGCAGUUGAGGAAGUGGAAGAUGGCGAUGGGUAUUGAGCCAGAUAGAUACUCUUAUUGCAUAUAAUUGGUUUC